AUGUACUACAAACAAUUUGAAUUUUUUGUGUCAUCUGUUUAUGCUCCAAAUGAUCGUAAAGAAAGGCGUAUACUAUGGAGGGAGUUAGGAGAGGUGUUGGGGAUAUGGGACAUUCCUGGGUGUCUUGGUGGUGACUGGAAUGUAAUAUCUACUCUGGAUGACAAGAAUAGGCAAGGGACAGUGACUCGUGCUAUGCGGAAUUUCAACAAGUUUAUGUCGGAUUUUGACCUUGUUGAUUUACCUUUAUGUGGGGCGAAAUAUACUUGGUCUAAUUAUCAAGAUCCUCCUACUUUCUCUCGUAUCGAUAGAUUCUUGCUGAAUUCUAAAUGGGAUAACUACUUCCCUGGUACAACACAAAUGGCAAAGCUUAGGCCGGUAUCAGACCACAUUACUCUCUUAUUGUCUACUGAAAUGGGUGAUUCAGGUCCAAGGAUGAAUAAGUUUGAAAUAAUGUGGCUGGAAGACGAAAAACUUCCAGAAUUAAUGAAGGAAUGGUGGGAUAAUCUUACCUUUACAGGUAACCCGGGUUUUAUAUUUUGCAAGAAAUUGGCGGCUAUUAAAGAAUAUUUGAAGAUAUGGAACAAGGAAAAAUUUGGGAGGGUGGAACAGGCUAUGCAGGAGUUGUUAGUCAAUAUAAAAAACAUGGACACGAAGGAAGCCGAGGGUACAGCAACAAAAGAAGAUAAUUUUGAGAGUGAAUUUGAAGACUGA